AUGACGGAACGUUACGACUGUCACUACUGCAAAGAGUCACUGUUUGGGAAGAAGUACGUGUUGCGGGAGGAGAACCCGUACUGCGUCAAGUGCUAUGAGAGCCUCUACUCCAACACCUGCGAGGAAUGCAAGAAGCCCAUUGGCUGCAACUGCAGGGACCUGUCCUAUAAGGACCGCCACUGGCACGAGGAAUGCUUCCACUGCUUCAAGUGCCAACGCUCCCUGGUGGACAAGCCUUUCUCCACCAAGGAUGAGCAGCUGCUGUGUACUGAGUGCUACUCCAAUGAGUACUCCUCCAAGUGCUGUGAGUGCAAGAAGACCAUCAUGCCAGGUGAAUGCUCCAGGAAGAUGGAACAUAAAGGCAAUAGCUGGCAUGAGACCUGCUUCACCUGCCAGCGCUGCCAGCAGCCUAUUGGAACUAAGAGUUUCAUCCCCAAGGACAACCACAACUACUGUGUGCCCUGCUACGAGAAGCAGUUUGCAUUGCAGUGUGUGCACUGCAAGAAGCCCAUCACCACGGGUGGUGUGACCUACCACGACCAGCCCUGGCACAAGGACUGCUUCCUGUGCACUGGGUGCAAGCAGCAGUUGUCUGGCCAGCGGUUUACCUCCCGCGACGACUUUGCCUACUGCCUCAACUGCUUCUGCAACCUGUAUGCCAAGAAGUGUGCGUCCUGCACCAGCCCCAUCAGUGGCCUCGGGGGGAGCAAGUACAUCUCGUUUGAAGAGCGGCAGUGGCACAAUGAUUGCUUCAACUGCAAGAGGUGCUCCGUGUCCCUCGUCGGGCGCGGCUUCCUGACGGAGAGGGACGACAUCCUGUGUUCCGAAUGUGGCAAGGAUAUCUGAGGAGAGGCCUGUUUGGGCACAGCAAGACAAUGACAAA